CGUAGAUUCAGCCUACUUCCGCAGCGCCAGCCUGCCCUUUUGGAGCAAUGGCCCUGCCGGAUUACUACAGCGUCUUGGGGGUUGAGAGGGAUGCACGGCCUGCACAAAUCAAGAAGGCGUACUUCCAGCUGGCCAAAAAGAUGCAUCCAGACCGCCAUCACGGUACGGACAUUGAGUGGGGCAACUCAGACCGAAGAGGGGAAGAGCCCAGCGUCCCAUGGCUUGCGAGGCUGCAAGAAAUCAGUCCCGCCUUUGGAACACAUGGAAGACAAUUGAAGGCCUUAAGGAAAGGGGCAAAUCAUGCCUUCGAGCACCUCCAAAAGGCUUACAGUGUGCUCUCAAGCCCCGAGAAGCGACGGAACUACGACGCCUCCUUGGGCAAAGCGGGAGGAUUCUCCUCAGCCGCCCAAGCCUUGCGAGGUCAGGGGAGCAUGAAGGAAGGGCUUUCCUGGCUACACUCGCAGGAGAAUGUGAAAGGGUCGAUCCCGUCCAGCCGAGUGUCCUUCAGGAGGAUGUGGCGCGGCACCUGGAAUGGCUCGAGGGCAAGGCCCUUGUUCGGUCCUUUGAUCUUUGUCACGGGGAUUUUUGCGAUGUUCCGUGGCAUUCCUAUGGCUGCCAUGUAUUUGCUGGAAGAUUCUGAGCGGUUGCAUCCACCGCCAGUGAAGUCCAACUGAUUCAGCAGCAUGUACAUAAUGUACAUAGAACAGAUCGCUUUUGCCUGCCUGUGCGAGAAGACUGCG